AUGUCCGCCGAGUACCAGGGAAAGAGCGACGAGCAGAUCAUUCAGGAGAAUGCCGCGGCGCUGAACAACAAGACGCCGUACGCGCAGUCGUCGCUUUCCGAGGACUCGGGCGUCAACGACCGCGGCAUCGAGGGCUUCGCCGGCGCCUCGGUCACCACCAGCGGCGAGGGCCGCGACAUCAUCCCGCCGUCGGAGGGCGGGGACGACCGUGCCGGCCGCGUGGGCACGCACGCCGACAACUUCGAGGGCCGUGGCGGCCCCGAGGAGUCGCGCGUCGACAACCUCGCCUUCAACACCGGCUCGUACGAGGCGCCCGGCAGCGCGGGCAAGUCGUCGGACGACGUCGUGCCGCGCACGGAGGACCAGGCGCUCGAGGCGGACCAGGAGGGCACGGCCUCGUCGUACGGUGCUUGA